UGCUAUUGGCUAAGGGCACACCAGGCAGCUUACGGCACGAGUUAAGUACAGGGGGAGUUUAAAGGAUUGCUUUAUAGCUGUGUGUAUGAUGUGUACAUGUACGUACAAGUUGGUGUGGGUGGGCUGUACUAGUUAUUAGUAGUAUGCGCAGACAGCCACGCUUAAAAAUCACUGUUGCAUUUGUACUGCCUCAUGCCGGAAAGUCAGCCUAAAAACGAACAUACAACAACAUUAAACAAUCCUAAAACAAAAUAGUGGACUACGUCAAGAAUAACAGUGGUCCGCCUUAAAUGAGAGGAGCUUUGCUGCACAGCCGUCCAUAAGUAAAUCUGAACCCGUCCCAGGUGUGUCCUCGCUCGCUAAACACUGGACCCACCGGACUUUGUAUAUUGCAAUUAGUAGACCUAACUUUUAGAAACUCUUCAUUCAAUAUGGCGUCUUUGGGAGCUCUGUAUCCUGGUUUUCCUCACCAUCCUGGACAUUAUAUACUAGCCAGUCAUCAUAACCCGUACUUCUACAGCGCAAGGGAGAUGGGGUACGCUAACCCGAUGCAACUGGGGAUGCUGACACCGAUGGAUCGCCGGGAGGCACCCCAGAAACCACCCUACUCCUAUAUUGCCCUGAUAGCCAUGGCAAUUAGGAGUGCAUCGGACAAGAAGAUCACUCUAAACGGUAUCUACCAAUUCAUCAUGGACCGUUUCCCGUACUAUCACGACAACAAGCAGGGGUGGCAGAACUCCAUCCGGCACAAUCUCAGCCUGAACGACUGCUUCGUCAAAGUGCCCCGGGAGAAGGGCAAACCGGGCAAGGGCAACUACUGGUCGCUGGCCACCAACUGCGACGAGAUGUUCGAGAACGGAAACUUUCGACGACGUAAGCGACGCCCGAAGUCCGCCAACGGGACCACCACCAAGGGGAGCGGCGAAGGUCAGAAAGGGGACGGGUGUAUUGAUCCUUCUGACCCAGCGAGGGACGACGAUGACGCGGUGUCUGACCGUAAGAAUGACGGUAACCUAAGUCCAGACAACUAUUGUGUGCGACAGGAUGGACAAUAUCAUGAUACGCAGCACGGCGACAUCAGAUGUAGAGAGCUCGACCGUGAUGACAGUGACAAUUCCCAACACGACCAUGACAUCACGUCCGACAGCGACCAAGAGUUCCUCAAUAAGCACCAAACUGUCGUGGGGGCCAGUGCUGUGACCCAGCUUCAAAAACACAGCCCCAGGACUCCCCUGCCGCUAGCCGUCAAAUCGGAGGAGUUUAAAACAAAAAGUUCCUUCUCGAUUGAAAGUCUGCUGGCGUCACCGGGUUCGUAUAACGAGCCGUCCAUAACUCGUAAGAGACCCCGCUCACCGGGCUACAAAUCCGACGAUGAGUCUCUAUGUAAACGUCCCUGUCACCAAGACGACUACGACAACGGACCACGACACGUCAAACCGGUCACAGAACGACACCACCAGACAUUCCAAGGUCCCCUCGCUACCGGAGGAGUGACCCCACGAACGGGCGAAAAUUUCUGGCAGAGGGUCCGCUCGGCAGAGAAAGCCGGCCUCAACGUCCAGGAAAAGUUUCUGACGGAAACAACUCUUCGCUACAGGUCGUACUCCGCCUUUGCCGCCGGGCAGCGUGAGGGAUACUCGCCAUAUCGUGUGCCGUCCGGAGCGUCGCUUGCCCCCACCACACCCCACUACCCCACCCCGGCCACACCGAACAGAAGUUGGACUUAUAGCCCAUAUUUAUCUCCACUGAUUCUAUCCCACCAGCAGGCGGCCGCAUCUCUCGUGUCCUACCACUGAACAAUGCCUCAUUGUAAUAGUAAAACAAUACCAUUUAAGUUUUUAAAUAUUAAUUUCAAACGCCCACUGAUUAUUUAUAAGCCUCACAAUCUGUUCACUUCUCGUGUGUAUAUAUCAUGAUAUUUUUAUGUCACUUAAUAACCAAAUUUUUUUUAAUUAUUGUGCAUUGUUAAUUAACUAAUUGAACCAAUUAUAUUUAUACGUUUGCUGUGUUUGUAAAUAUGUUAACACAACUGAAGUUGUGAACCUUGUUAUUAUACUGAAAUGUGUCUAGUAUGAGAAGGACGUUUUUUUUUAUUCUGCAGUAACAAAACUAGUUAUUAUGCUUUCGAAGUUGGCAUUAUUAUAAUACAAUAACGCAAUGGAAGUUGUAAAAAUAAUGGGGAAAACGUCACUCUAUCUUAUAGGGUGGAUAUGUGCGCAUUACAAGUCUUAUUAUUAUUAUUAUUAAUCUAAACUGGGUUUAGCUUUUGUCCUAACUUUACUGUUGAGGAUGCUGAAAAUUGCAACUUUAAUAAUUUACCGAAGUUGUUGCUUCGAAAGAACAUGUUGUAAAUCACUUUUUUGUUUUAAAUUGUUGACAUUAACACACAAUUGUUCAACCCACUAAAACAUGUUGAUUUUAAUUUUUUGACAAGUCAAGAAAAUGAUUUUAACUUCACUUUAAUGUAAAAUCUUGCAUCAACAAUUAACCAUAUCUACUUCAGAAACCGUGGCUUGAAGAAUGUUGGACAUUGUAGUUGUUUCAUGAUGGCAACAAAAAAGUUGUUUAUUUAUGAUUAUUAAAAUGUGCCUUUGGAGAUAUUGCAAGCUGUAUAGAAAGUAGAAAAAUAGUUCUGCAUUUUAAAGAAAAAAAUAGUUCGCACAGAAACAAAGUAAGGAAAUGAAAGGGUAAAGUUGUUGGAUUUUGGAAAGGGAAUAAAUGUUAAAUCUAUUAUUUAGCUCGAUGCUAAUCAGUUGAGAAAAACAAUUUACUGGUAAAAAAAAAAGACAUGAUAACUAAAAUAAUUCUUAAAUUGUGCUUUGACUGGUUUGAAGAGCUGGCUUCCAUUGUAACAUUUCAAUAUUUUUUAAUGAGAAACAAAUCGACAGUCAUUAUAAAGUAACAUCAAGUAAUUAUUUGUGGCUACAUCAAAGCUUUCUCAAAAUAAACCACAUCCUUUCCGUUUCAAUCAAUUAUGUCUAUUUACAUGCCAUGAAUGUUGAUGAUAUAAAAUACGAGCAUAAUAAUUUGGUCAUAACUGAUGCCGUAACUAUUAAAUUGGAAGCAAUUCCUUGAUUCAAUUUUUCAAUCAGAGUUCAACUGAUCUUUCUCAUCUGUGAUGCUUUGUAUUUAUUUUAUAUUCAGUUAUUUGGGUGGUUUUUUUUUUUUUUCAUUCAAGUUGGGUGGUUUUAAUAUAGGGAUGGUUUUGGCGCCAUAUGCAGUGAGCUCAAAUCAAAGGUAGUUGAACAAAAAUUCCCUCAAAAUAGUUAUACAAAACCACUUUACUUGCAAAAAGCAAUUGUCAUUAUUUUCAGUUUUGAUCCACCAAAGAUUUAAAAAAAAUUAUGUUAUUCCUAAAGUUGAAUUAAGGAUUUCUGAAACUGUUUCGGUCAUCCGAUUCAUUCAUCAAAACCAUUAUCAAUUUAUUAAUUUUGUUGAGUUUGUUUAUUAAUUAAAAUGGUUUCCACCAGAAAUAUAUAAUUUGACAUUAUUUUCCAUUAACUGAGGUGUUGCAAAUUGCACCGGUAUACUGUUAAUUUUCGAAGCACAACACAAAUAACUUUUAACAUAGUUUGUCAUACCUAUUGGUGAUUUUGAAUUAUCUAUGUUACUGUCGAUUGGAUACACUUGAUAUCAAACUGUACUUGUGGUGCAAUUAAAUAUAUCAUUAGUUACACCUCACUCAAAUGUAAAACAUUUUAUGUAUUAUAGGGUUAUAUUAAUAAGCACAAGCCAUUAAUAAAAGUCGGUCAUUAUCACUGGUGAUUACUCCUAAAAAUCAGAAGCACCAACAGAUAUCUGUCUUUAUCCAAGUUAAUUAUAAACAAUUCUAUAUUCCAUUGAUUUGUGAUUAAACAUUCAAAGAGUGAAGAGUGAUGAAGAA